AUGCUGCAACAUUAUCGAUGGCUUCUUUUCAACUUUCAAGCAUGGUAAAUAAACAUUUCCCCUCAUAUCAUUUUGUGAAAGUUGCUCAGGAGUUUUGCUGUCGACCUGCUGGCUACCAUUUUGAUUUCGCCCGUGUUCUACAGUCCUAUUUGGGGCGGUUAUUCUCAUGGGCUGUUCCGUUCAAUGGGUAUUCCAAUGAAAGCCGAGCUUGGAAUAGCAUUUUUCGUUUGUCCUUGUGAGUACCUUGUUUGCAUUUUUCCAAAACUCAAAGUUUUCUAGGUAUAAUAACUUCGGUGAUAGCCCUUUUUGAGCAUAGACAUUUUUGUGUCACCCCAUCAAACAGCUGGUUCAGUCUCAAUGUAAAGAAACGCUACAUAUUUCUAUUUCUACACUUUGCAGUCGUCGGGUCAAUUUUCGGGUUAAUGCUCAUCAAAAUUCCAGAAGACCAGUUGGCGGCGAAGCUCAUAACUGUAAAGGUACUAAUUAAAUCUUGAGAGUGAAUUAUUAUUUAAAAACAAAUGCAAAAAACCUUACAACCGUCUUGAAAGUGACUACCCCGCGAUAUUAAAAAUAUAAAUUAAACUUGGAUAAAUUGAAAGAAUUUUUCGAAUUUCAGACACUCGGCUGUAUUCAGAAGAUAUUUUUCACCCCGCACGCUUGCAUUUUAGAUCUCACAGCAUUUUGUCUGUACCUUUUUCUCGCGAUGGCAUCGUUCGUAACCUUCUUCGCCCUAUUUUUUUAGCGUUCAGAUUUGUCAUUUUUCUACUACAGAGUCAAAGCCAUAUCUCUUCUAGAACUCGUGAACAACAGAAAAACCUUUUUAUCUCUUUUGCGCUCAGGUUUUCGCUCGAAACCCUCAAGAUAAUUAAAUAAACCAGACUUUCAGCUCUUCAUACCCCUUAUUCUUCUCAUAGCCCCUGUGAUGGCAGUUGGAGUGAUGAACCUUUUGAGAAUACGAUUGCUACGUAACUAGGAACCUUACUGAAAAUUUGAAAAUAAAUAUUUCAGAAAUCGGAACAAUGGGCACUUUCUUUUUUGGCCUUCAUGGGUUAUGCUCUACCGUCGUUCUACUGUUGUCCACUAGGCAUUAUCGCCUGUUUUCUUUAAGUCUAUUUUGCUCCCUCUUUAAGGUUCAAAUUCGUCAGGAGACAAGUUUGAAAAGUUUCAACGCUUGAUAACGGACAAUAAACCGUUCAGAAACAAAGGUUUUUUUAUCACUACUGCUUUUCUUGAAAGCACAGUGCCUCCACCCCACUAUAAAUGGCUCUUAUUCAAUUGUCAGUUAUGGUUUUUGGCCUCGGCUUUCUCUUUUAAAUCCAGUCCUGAAACUGUUUCCAGGAGUCUCAUGACAGAUAG